GUGAUUGGCGGAGAGAGCUGGGUUUCCGGUGGGAGCGAUUGCCGAGAAAGAGAAGGAGGCCGCAAAUCGGGACAGGAGGAGGAGGAGGGGGGUCGACCAUCGCGGAGAGGCCCAAGCAGGGAGUCGCCGCUCGGACCCGGGGUGAUACUGGGAUUAACAGUCUCCUGCAAAUUCUGUGCAUACCUGUAGUUGCUGUUGACUUCAUCUCAAAUACCAGCAAUGGCAGCUUCUAGCAGUAGCAGCAGUGAAGAAGAACGUAGCCUCCGUGAAUGUGAGCACUACGUCCAAAAACAUAACAUCCAGCAACUCCUGAAAGAUUGCAUUGUCCAGCUUUGUACAGUGCGACCUGAGAGACCUAUGGGCUUCCUCCGGGAAUACUUUGAAAGAUUGGAAAAGGAAGAAACAAAGCAGUUUAUCAGUCAGCAGAAAGCCAGCUCUCGCACAGAUUCCCGUGAAGAUGAAAUUUCUCCACCACCACCGAUGAACCCAGUGGUUAAAGGUCGCAGAAGGCGUGGUGCCAUUAGUGCAGAGGUUUACACUGAAGAGGAUGCUGCCUCUUAUGUUAGAAAGGUUAUUCCAAAGGAUUAUAAAACUAUGGCUGCCUUGGCGAAAGCCAUAGAGAAGAAUGUGCUCUUUGCUCAUCUUGAUGACAAUGAAAGAAGUGAUAUAUUUGAUGCGAUGUUUCCAGUCACUUAUAUUGCUGGUGAGACUGUGAUACAGCAAGGUGAUGAAGGAGAUAACUUCUAUGUUGUUGAUCAAGGAGAAAUGGAUGUUUAUGUGAACAGUGAAUGGGCCACCAGUGUUGGAGAGGGGGGCAGCUUUGGAGAACUUGCACUGAUCUAUGGGACACCCCGAGCAGCAACUGUCAAAGCAAAAACCAACGUGAAACUGUGGGGUAUAGAUCGAGAUAGCUAUAGAAGAAUUCUUAUGGGUAGCACACUGAGGAAGAGAAAAAUGUAUGAAGAGUUUCUUAGUAAAGUGUCAAUACUUGAAUCCCUUGACAAAUGGGAACGUCUCACAGUGGCUGAUGCAUUAGAGCCAGUACAGUUUGAGGAUGGACAAAAAAUCGUGGUGCAGGGAGAACCUGGAGAUGAAUUUUUCAUUAUAUUAGAGGGUACAGCUGCUGUGUUGCAGCGCAGGUCAGAGCACGAAGAAUUUGUUGAAGUGGGCAGACUUGCACCCUCUGAUUAUUUUGGCGAAAUAGCUCUAUUAAUGAAUCGUCCUCGUGCUGCCACUGUUGUUGCUCGUGGCCCCUUAAAAUGUGUAAAGCUUGAUCGGCCCAGAUUUGAGCGUGUCUUGGGUCCAUGCUCCGAUAUUCUGAAACGGAACAUCCAGCAGUACAACAGCUUUGUCUCUCUCUCUGUCUGAAGUCUCCCUCCUUCUCAAAUACAUGCUUCACAAACGCAGACUGUUUUCAUUACUCUUGUGCAGAGCCACACGGCUACUGGCUAUUGCAGCUUCCUGUCUGUCUGAGAGUGGGGGUGGGGUGGGGUGGGGGGACGGGAAGAAAGCAGUUGCUUUUCACAGCGUUUUAAAUUUUAGAGCAUUAUUUUGGUGCUCCUAGCACCAUUGAAAAUAGGGAAUUGUAUGGAAACUUUUACUGUUACUGCUUCUCUCUGUGCAAUGUACACUGUCCAGUAUGGCCAGUGACUGCCAUUCCUUUUGCUGGGAACAAUUCCUGAGCACCGAGGUUAUUGCAGUAGAGUUAAGGAUGUAACAGUGGGAAAUUCUAAACGUGCGUUCUCCACAGUGAGUCCCAUGUUCCUUUUAGAUUGUGAUCACUUUCUACUGUACUUUUCUCAGAUGGAGAAACUUACCUUCUCAGCUCAACCUCUUGGCAAAAUGUUCUGGAUAUGGGUGAUGUUUGGUUAAGUUUACUGAGAUCAGCUUCUAGUAAAACCAGAGUUAGAAGUUUGAUAGUUUUGUGCAUCUGUAUCCAUUUCAAGAUGGCUUGGUUAUUGUUUGUCAGGUUUUUGUAUACAAGCUUUUGUUUUGGCAACUAUUGCCAAGUGUUGCUAUCUUUGGCACAGCAAAAAGUUUUGCCUGUUCUCAGAUGUGAAUAUUUAUAAUAUAUGCCUCCUGAUUUUUCUCAAAGGGCAACCAAUGUGCUAAACCCCUGAACAUAGGCGUAGGUGUUUACACUAGUGUACUGCUCCUCAGCUAGUGUGAGUUGUAACACCCCAUCCACACUAUCUAGAACAGGAAGCUGAAGGGUGCAUUCUUAUGUAUGCAGUCUUAUGCCUGCCCUUUCCAAGCUUUGCCUUCCCUGUUAACUUUGGAACCAGAUAGUUCAGUGAUGCUAUUUAUGUAACUGGUGGUCAAUGCAGGAUGGAAUAUACAGUCUAAUUUAGGAAGAUGAUAGGACUCCGGCUAAAAUGAAAGACAGGAAGCAGAAGAAUCAAUGCCUGUUUCCUGUCAAACUCCUAAAAUAUUUAGCUGGAAGGAGACACAUGCUCUAGUUUGUUUGGCCUCACAUUCUCAUUGAUCUAGUGGAAUAACUAGUUUUUGAAAGUUAAUCCUGUUGUCAAGUCAGAAGUGUGUUUCAGUAUUUACCAGGUUUGUGUUAACAAUAUUCUGUGUGGCACUCGGUGCUAUCCACUAGCUUUAUUGAAUUUCACAGUUGGAGAAUGUAAGCAAGUCAGUUUAUUUGUAACCUAAAUGAUCUAAAACUACUGUAGAGCUUUAUAUGGCAGCAAGUGUUUUGCAUUGUUUAUGAAACUAUUCUUAACAAAUCUUACUUGCCCGGUUAGCGGCCCCUUCCCUUGGACAAUUGGACCUAGUAUACACCUUUCUGACUUGCUGGCUGUUGGAAGAACAUUUGCUAAUCAUACUUUGCAGUUGGAGGAAUAGGAACCUUAGCAUAUUCUUUGAAAAAAAUUUGUGGGCAGCCAUUGAUAUGUCCCCGUAUCUGGAUUUGGAUUAAAUGUAAAAUAUACAUUGUUAAUUCCUUCUGAUCAUCCUAACCACCUUGGUAAGGUAAGGAUAUCCACCUGCAUUCUUCAGAGAUCCAUGUUACUUUUUUCUCUAAAUUCUAUUCAGUUCAAAUCUACAGGGAUUAUUUUUCCUUAUACCUUUUGUUAUUUUUGAAGCUUGAUUUGAUCCUUGUUGAAGCACCAAAAAGAUUUUAAAUGUUAUGUAAGCGCUAAAAAAAAUGCACAUUUUUUUAUAUAAGGCUUUCUAAUCAAGUUUCACUACUGCGUCUUUUUAGCUUGCUGUUUACUCCCUUUUGUAGUUUUACCAACAGGAUUUUAAGAUGAACCAGCUACGUCUGAGUUAAAUAUUAAUCACAGUUAAAGCUUUACCUUUGUGUGCAAUUUAAAUAUGUUUGAAUCCACAGUUGGUAUAGUUUGCCUUAGCUAACAUUCAGGGCUUUAGAAGAUAAUCUGUUUUGCUAGGUCACCUUAGCAAAUUAAAAAAAAUCUACUGCCCUAGAGUGCUAUAGUAAACCAGAGGACCAUUUUUGUAUUGUUACCUGACUAUAAGUCUGACUUAUUGUAUGUGCUAAUAUAUUCCUUUUGUUAUAGAUUGUCCUAAUGGCAGGUAAAGCAAUAAAAUGAUUUAAAUUCUUAAA